AUGGACAACACUACCACGAGACUCGAGUCAGAGAAGGUUAACGGCGGUGCCUUGGGGGAAUCAGUAUUGCCAGAAGACGAUAAUACGAUGUCUGGUUCAGCUACAGACAACGACGUCGCCGUGGAGAGGAUGGAAAAUGGGGGCAUCACCCCUAAGGAGAAGGCGCUCGCGUCCGACCCGGAGGCGUCGGAUUGGGAGCAAGACCCCGAGAACCCGUACAACUGGCCGUCGGCCAAGAAGUGGCAGCAAGUUGCCAUGUGUGCUUCUUUUGGCUUCUUGGGGUCGAUAGGAACCUCGAUCAUAUCGCCCGCGACGACCCAGCUCCAGGAAGAGUUCGGCGUCGGCGUCACACAGUCCCUCGUCCCGCUGUCGCUGUACGUCUUCGCCCUCGCCCUAGGCCCCGUGCUCGGCGGGCCCCUGUCCGAGACGGUCGGCCGGCACUCCACCUACACGGUCCUGGGCACGCUCGGCUCCCUCUUCACGCUGGGCUGCGGGCUCGUCCACGGCUUUGCCGGGCUCUGCGUGCUGCGCUUUCUGGCUGGGUUCUGUUAUGCGCCGUCCCUGGCCGUGUCGCCUGGCGUGCUUAGCGAUGUGUUUAAGCCCAAGGAGAGGGGUCUGCCGUCGGCAUUGUUUAUACUGACGCCUUUCCUUGGCCCCGGUGUGGCCCCCUUGAUUGGUGCUUUCGUUGUGAACAGGAAAGGGUGGCGAUGGACCCAAUGGACGAUGCUGUUCUUCUACAUAGAAGCCAUGUUCGUAAGCGUCGUCUGGGGUCGUGAAACCUACGCGCCAGUCCUACGGCGCAGAAAGGCAAAGAAGCUCAAAAUUCCACUGCCCCCGUCCCCAUCAGUCUGGGCCCAGGCCAAGGUCUUCGUCACCGUCGCCCUGAUCCGACCUCUCCACAUGCUCUUCACAGAGCCCAUCGUCGCCUUCGUCUGCCUCUACGUCGCCUGCGAGUUCGCCACCCUCUUCUGCUUCUUCGCCUCGGUCCCCUUCGUCUUCGGGAGGAUAUACCACUUCGCGCCCGAGGAGGUCGGGCUCGUGUACAUCAGCAUCAUCGUCGGCUGCCUCAUCGGCUUCGUCACUAUCGUCGUCUGCGACGUGUGCUUCUACAGGCCGCAGGUGGCCCGCCAUCCGCCGCACCAGGUCCCGCCCGAGUAUCGCCUCUUCCCGGCCAUGAUAGGCAGCGUGCUGGCUCCCGUGGGGAUCUUCUGGUUCGGCUGGACCGCGAGGCCUGGAGUCUCGUGGGCGAGCCCUGCGGUCGCGAUCAUGCCUUUUGCGUGGGGUAAUAUCUGCCUGUUUGUGUCGACCACGCAGUACCUCGUGGACACUUUCCACGGGACCACGGUGGCCAGUGCCAUGAGCGCGAGCAGUCUUGCCAGGUACGGGCUGGCCGGUGCCUUCCCUCUGUUUACGAUACAGAUUUCGCUCGAUUACAGAUUAAGAGAGAUCCUGGUGGAAGUGAAGGCCCCACUGGUCUAA